GCAGCGCAGCGCCGGGCGGGCGGGCGGCAUGGCGGCGCGGCGGGCAUGGUGCCUGCGGCGGCUGGGGGCCAGCGGCGGCUGGCUGCUGCUGGAGGCCGGCACGCAGGUGACUAUAGGUCGAGGAUUAGAUCUCACAUACCAGCUGGUGUCAAAAACAUGUCCCUUGAUGAUCUCUCGUAAGCACUGUGUUUUCCAGCAAAAUGCAGAAGGGCAGUGGACUGUCAAGGAUAACAAGAGUCUGAAUGGAGUUUGGCUUAAUAAACAGCGCCUGGAUCCUUCAAAAACCUAUCCUAUAACUGAAGGAGACCGUAUCCAGUUGGGAGUGCCUUUGGAAAACAGAGAGACCGCCGAAUAUGAGUAUGAAGUAAUUAAAGAGGAAUGGGAGAAAAUCAGACCCUAUUUAGCCCAAAGGAAUGACCUGGGGAAAGCUAAGAGUUCGAGAACUAAACGUAAAUUUAGUUUGGAGGAAUCAGAGACAUCUGGAUCAGAAGGCCCUUCAAAUUCCAGAUCCAAAAGAGACAGGGUGUCCUAUGACAGUGAACCUUUGGGUAAACCAUGUGGAAGGGUAGAAGAGGUAAAAGAGUUGACAGAGAAGAUGGAUAUCAAGCUGCCUUCUCCUGGUUCAAGUGAGGAGGACAGUGGUCCAGCGCGUAGCGCUCCUGUGCAAGCCGAGAAAGCUGUGUCUGUCGCACCUAAGGACCAGAAAGACUCUGUUCUUUCUCAGUCGUGGACUGGCCUGGAAAAGCUGAGGAAAACUCUAGGAGAUAUAAAGGAGUUAAAAGUCAGAGUGCAGGAUAAGCAGACAGCAGUUCUGAAUGCGAAGCAAAAGCGCAGGAAGGCUGCUCAGAAGACGAUCCUAGCAAUGGAACAGGAGCUGCAGGAAUUGCAGGAGCAGCUAUGCACAGAACAAGAGCAGCAUCAGCAGCAGAUGGAAGAGCUGGAGAAGACGUUCUCCAAAGAGCAGCAGAAUCUAGAGGGAGUAAAGUGGCAACAUGGAGAAGAGAAUCUGAAGGAGCAGCUGGCCCAGGUCCUGCAAGAGCAUCAUGCUUUGAUGGAAGAACUGAGCCGUAAUAAAAAAGAUUUCGAAGAGAUAAUUCAAGCCAAGAAUAAAGAACUGGAAGAAACGAAGGAAGAGAAGGAAAAGGUGAGAGCCCAAAAAGAGGAAGUGUUGAAUCAGAUGAAUGACGUGUUGGAGAAUGAGCUGCAGUGCACAAUCUGUUCUGAACACUUCAUUGAGGCAGUCACUCUGAACUGUGCGCACAGUUUCUGCUCCUACUGUAUCAAUGAGUGGACAAAACGUAAAGUGGAGUGCCCUAUCUGCAGGCAGGAGAUUAAGUCAAAGACGCGCUCUCUGGUGCUGGAUAACUGCAUUGAUAGGAUGGUAGAAAACCUGGAUGUGGAAAUGAAAGAGCAUCGCCUGUCCCUGAUCAGAGAGCGGAAAGAGAAAUGGAAGGUGUUGGUGAACCCAGCUGUGGACAAUGACAGCAGUGUCAUUCCUUCCAUCUACCCCAUCUUGUCAGUGAGCAGCUGUGACAGUGAGGACUCUGAGGAAGAUUCUUACCAUGGUGAAAGCUACUGCAUUAUCUAAACACUAACUUUUUUGGACUGGUUUGCCUGUACGCUGCCAAGAACCAACCUAAUGGUAUUUGGUUUACUACUGCUGGAGGGGUGGAUUGGACAUCUGGAAGGAGAGAUUCUGUGAAGAGGCCGUAACUGGAGCUGAGAAGUAGCAGCGUUUGGAAGAAGGACUUUAUUUUUUAAAUGAAUGUACAGAAGCGUAAUCUCUAAAAUGAAAUUUGGAUCGUGGAAGAGCAAGCUGGUGUUAUGCUAGAUAGUUGACAUAAAACCCAGGUUACCAUGAUCACUUGUGACCUACUAGUUAGUGUGGUAUAUAUGUUUGAAUGCAUCAUUGCUCUUUCCUGAGUGAAUGACAUGUCUUAAAUGUGUACACCAGGUCCCCUUGUUUCAGCCAGCAGAGGAAAUGGCACAAGCUGAGAACUUGGUCAUUCCCACCACCUAAAGGAGCGGUAUAUCGGAAAAACGUGCCAACGUGGGUUUUCCUCUUGAAUUUUGUAUGUCAGCUGGAGUCAUCCUAGGACUCUCUGGCACUAAAGUUAACAAAGAAUGGGUUAUGGGUCAUAUCAGCUUUAAGUGCUUACAUGCAUCAUAAGCUAAACUGCUGGCUUGUUUGUUCAGAUGAUGUUACUCAUUUUCUGUUGGGUAGUGAUGGAGAAUAUUAAAUCUUCCAGAAUUCCUUAGCUCGUGCUCUUUCCAUAUAGCAUCUCUGGUUUGUUCCCUUUCAGGCUUAUGCAUAAAGAGUUUUAGAAUUUUGAAGCAGCACAUCCAGAAACUAUUAGCAGUGACUUCAGAAACACGUUUAGUUCUUGUCGGUACCAGAGAGGGAUCUUGGCCUCUUCAGAAGUACUGCUAGCUGGAUGAGUGAAAUGUUCUGUUGGCCUGGUAGGAGAGCAGCAUCUGUAGUCAGCCACAGACAGAAGGAAGUGCUUAGGUCAAUUGUUUACAAAACAUUGCUGUUGAGCUGUGUCUUGUGUUGCCCUCACAGCAGGUAAUGCAUCCCUAAGACUGCGCAAGUCUUGCCUCAUCCUAUCACCUAUGUGAAAUAAUACAAAAUUGUCUAUGAAAUUCAUUUUUCAGAGGUGUAUGCUUUUGACUUAGCUUUUACUUGGAAAGCUUUUACCGUUACAUCAAUGAGAGGAGGAUGGAGAAAGCUUUUCUCAUCUCAUUCAAUUUCUUUGGCUAUUUGUAUGUAUUUCUUGUUUCUAUGUUUAUUUUGUUUAAGACGGAAAAUAUAAACCCAUUUGUGCAUUAGUCUUCCUUGGUGCAACCCCUGAGAUAAAUGUCUUUCUCCUAGUUACCUUAGAAUUUUGUAGAAAACCCAGAUUGUCUCAUUAUUAUGACCUUGUUUGCUUCAUGUUUUGAUUGCUGUAAGCAGUUCGACUAUUUUAAAUUUAUUUGAAAGACUGUUGUAUGCAGGAGUUGAUAAAAGACGUCCCAGCUCUUUAAGCCUAUGUUAGCAGUGGCUAUCUUAGUGGCAAUUUAGUAGAUACAAUCAUAUCUUCCACUAAAGAAAGAUAACAUUAAAAAGCUGCAUGAAUGAUGAUGCUGUUGUAAGAAAGUAGUGCAUUCUGGCAGGUUUGAAUGGUAGCACAGGGGAAAAAUAUGUGAUCUGUGGGCCAGGUAACUUUCUUAAAGCCUUAGUGUAAGGUUGUUCCUGUGAAGAAGCUAUUACGCCUUGAAUUUUCUUCUUGUCCUUUUAAUGUUACAAAUUAUAUAGGCUGUUGAAAGUUUCUUUUCUGAAUAUAUGCUCUCUAGAAUGUCAGAGAGAAAAGGGCUCCCCGAAACACUUACGAAAUAUCCUGACAUUGGAACAGGCAUUACUGUUGAAGAGGAAUGGCAGGAAAAUAUUCUGGUUACCUCGGACUGCAAAUUCUUGUAUGCUGUAUCUCUUCCAUGUUGCUUUGCUUUUUCUUUCGCUUGUUUCAUUUUGCUAAAUAUAUUUAUUUUCGUUAUGUUGGUGUUUGUGAAUAUUCUAGAAAAGAAUGGUACUUCUAGUAACAGAGCAGUUCUUUCGUUUGCCUUCUGAGUGUGUCCCCUUUUCACUAGAAUAUAGAGAAUAUUCUUCAUAUUCUGGUGAAAAGGGAUGUACUCAGAAUACAAGUGUUAUACUAAACCGUUUCAGCUGUUACCAACAGGUGCCCUAAAAUACAAGUGGACUAUUAAACCUUUUCCACUGUUACCAAGAGGAGCAUAGAGUGUAAAGGUCCAAGGAGAGAGGCUAAGUAGUAAUACUGUUUAUUUGUGAAAGCCAGAUAGUAAUCAUCAAAUGAGCAAGAUGAAAUGAGCUCAGUGCGACUUCUUUUUUGCCUUCAUUGCGGUUGAUUUUAAUUACAUAGCUUAUAAAUACUGGUGGGUGACCAAGGAGCAAAACUGUAACCAUAGGCUACUGGCUAGAACAGUUAAAGAACACAUUAGGCAGUACACAGACUAGGUAUUUCCAUAUGAAUUGAGCAAGAUGAAAAGAAUCCUAGAAUGCUUUGAGUACUGUUAUAAUCAUCAGAGAAUUAGCAGAGAAUGGGUAAGGUACUAGAAUUCUGAAAAUAGAUGCACCUGCCUAUCUUUAGAAAGAAGGUAGAGGAAGAAAGAUAUUGUAGGCCUGCCAGCUUAGUUUGAAUUCUUUAUCUUCCACCAUCCGCUCAUUAUUGAAAUAAACUUUUUUUUUGUAUGCAUAUAGAAGAUAAAAUGAUUAAUGGUGAGAGUAUUCCACUAUUCUAUGUCAGGCACAAAACAUGCUAAAAUAGUGUUAUUUUGAUAGAGAACAAAUUAAGCUAUAACUAUCUUAAUUUUUGUGCACCUUUUGACAGUGUUUCAUACAAGCUGUGGAAGAGUAUGUAGGUGAGGCUAUGUUAAGAUCUGUUCACAACUUAGUAUAUUUCAUAAAUGAGUUUUUGGUGGUAAAAGGAUUUAAAGUGCAGAUGUUUCUCUUCCCCUCUGCAUUAUGAACAAGCAUAAGAUUCUACGCUUGUGCUCUUUUGUAGUCAAAUAAAGAUUUGAAAAAUUUGGCCAGAAUUGGCCAGUUGCAGAGAGUGGAACGAGGGAGGUAUUAAACAAUCUUCUGCUGCAAACAAAGGUAUGUAUCUGAAUGCGUAAGUGGGUAUAAGUCAUAUGUACCAUUAGGUGUUUCUUCAUCUAUUCAGCACUAGGAAGACCCUAGCAGUGCUGUGUCUGAUCUGAAGGACUGUGCUUCAAAGUGGAUUUGGAACAGUUGGAGAAACAGAAAGAUGUGAAAGCUAAGAAUGGUGAACCCAUGCAAAAGAUUUAAGAAACUCCAUCUUUCCCUCUUUCUGAAAAAAAAAGGCGAGGCAGCAGUGAGUCUUCAAAUGCAUCAAAAGCUGUUUCGAAGACAGAGUAAUCUGUUUUUCCAUGCUUAUAGUGACAAGGACAAAAAGUAAUCAGACUUAAAAUUGCUAUAAGGAGAGUCCUGGUAGCAUUUUUUUUCUACCUAAAUGUCUCAACAAUACAGAUAAUGAAAAACUGCAAUACUUUGGGGAGAUUUUUUAUGUGUAGAAUAUUCAGCCCUUACAAACAGGUCAGGCACACAUUUGUUGAAUGAGUGAGUUUUUUCCAUACGUUUUUCCCUGCCGCACCACCUAUGAAAUCUGUGGUAUGUGAAGUACUAUUUUUUUUUCUUUCAAAAAUUUUGUUAAUUUCAAAAGGUGGUGUCUAUACCCCACUGGAAACUAUUUUAGAAUUUAAUUGAACAAUGCUGUAUUUAUGUAUAGUUCAUCUGUAUUUGGGGGAAGUAGGUGACGUCCCAAGGUCCCUUUUCCUAUGAUUCUUUGGAGCAAGUCAUUUCCCCCUCCCCAUCCUAGUGCCCGAGUGCUCUGCCUGGACUGGUCACUUCUUUCUUUUUCUUCUACUGAGUAAGUGAUGCUCUCCUGUUGGCUGUGUGGGACCUUCCCUAAUAUUUGCUGCAUGGGCUUGAAGUCUCUGCAGACUCUAAACAUAGUUUAAGAGUGGAUACAGCAUCCAGGGAAGGGUGGGUGUUUACAAAGGAGGAACUCAGUGAAGUUUUUUUUAGUGGUGCUAUCACUGCAACCUUGACCCUGCUUCUUAGAGUACUUUGAAGAUGGUGAGUAUAUAUGGAUCUUGUUCGUGAGGUGAGUUCUUAAAUCCAUAUUGAGUGUUAAAGUAAUUGGUUGGAAAUUACUGUUGAAGGAGGGUACAACAGUAGUGCCCUGUAUGUUGGUGGAACUUGUCAUGAACUUCUAGUAGACAAUAUGUGCCUAUCACAAUUUCUUUUCCUUUACAAAAUCGAUCAACAACAAAUAAAACUAUCUUUCAGAUUUGGAGAAGAAUAAAACUUGAGUUGCUAUGAAUUGUCGUAUCAAUGAGAUACCAAUGUUUCAUCUAUUCCAACAAUUUAAGAACCUCUUGUUUUACCGUUGUUUGCCUAGAUAAGAAUACAGAUGCUUGUGUUCUUUUUUGUUUGCUUUAUAAAGGAAGUGUGCCACUGAAGUC